AUGAAGAUAAUAUAUCAAGCAGAAAGUGUGGAAAAUCAGUCAAGCACCAUAACAUUCAUCCUCCAGGGAUUUGGGAAUCUUCCUGACCUGCGAAUUUUCCUCUUUAUAUUGUUUCUAAUCAUCUAUGCUUUGUCUAUUGUUGGGAAUCUCCUAAUAAUUUUACUAAUUGCAGUAGACCAACACCUUCACACCCCCAUGUAUUUCUUCCUAAUGAAUUUGUCCACACUGGAAACCUGCUACAUUUCAAAUAUCCUUCCCAGGAUGUUGGCCAGUUUCCUCACUGGGGAUUCAUCCAUAUCCAUUGGAGGCUGUGUGACACAAUGGUAUUUCUUUGUUCUCUUUGCAUCCACAGAAUGUUAUCUUCUGGCAAUGAUGUCUUAUGAUCGGUAUCUGGCAAUCUGCAAACCUCUCCAUUAUAUAUCCCUCAUGAAUGGCAGACUGUGCCUGCAAUUAGCUUCCACAUCUUGGAUGAAUGGUCUGCUGACCAGCACCAUAACAACUUCCUUUAUCGUACAGCUGACAUUCUGUGGACCGUAUGAAAUUAACCACUUCUUUUGUGACAUAUAUCCAGUCUUGAACCUCUCCUGUAGCAAUCUUUAUGUUGUGAAAAUUGUAGCCUUUGUUCUAGCUUUCCUGGCCACCGUCCCCCCUUUCACACUAACACUGGUCUCUUACAUCUGCAUUAUUCUCACCAUCUUGAAAAUUAAGUCCAAAGCUGCACAACAGAAGGCUUUCUCUACUUGCUCAUCACACCUCAUUGUGGUGAUACUUUUCUAUGGCUCCUUAUUCAUUGUCUAUGUGGUCCCUGAAACGGAUGCCUUGAAGGAGUUAAACAAAACCUUCUCUCUGUUCUACACUGUUCUCACUCCUAUGCUCAACCCCCUCAUAUACAGCCUGAGAAACCGAGAGGUGAAGGAAGCUCUUUGCAGAUCCACCAGAAAAUUCCACAGCAGAAUAAGGAUAACUUGA